AUGAAGCUAAAGGAAGGAGCUCUUUUAAAUUAUCUGGACUUUGACAGUGUCUACUGUCUUCUCUCCCUGCGCAACGCCAAAAUACUGUCUGAUUACUUCAAACUACUGGAUGUCCACAACAGGAACACUCUGAAUGACAUCCAGUUCUACCACUUCAUGCACCAUGUGACUGACCUGAAGAAGAAGGAGAUCAUGAUGACCUUUGACAUGCUAGACUGGAACGCCAGCGGAGAGAUCGCCUUCGAACAGUUCUACAUGCUGGUCUGCAUCCUGCUCUGCAGCGAGUACCACGUGGAGAAGAACUUCAUCUUCCGUCACUCCAGGCCGGUGUUUGAGUUGCUGGACAUGGACGGAGGUCGCACCAUCAGCCCCGCCGAGUUCCAGGCCUCUGGCUUCCUGUUCAACCUCAAGGGACACGCCCUCGAUAAGAUCUUCUACGAGUUCGACGUCUCCGGAGACGAGCACCUGAACUACAAGGAGUUUAAGAUGUUCACUAUGGCCUGUAUCGACAUGCAGGAGGAGACCAAGAAGAUGCAGAAGUAA